UUUUUAUAGAUGCCUUCUUCAGUCUCUUCAAUUCCUUCACCUACUCCACCUACAAAACCUCCACCCCCUCCACCAUCGACAGGAUCAUCACGACGUUCUCGAAUAUCAAAUGUUUGUCCACCAACUAGUUCAAAAUCUUCUUUUCUUGUUUCUAGAACACAGAUUCUUUUAACCCUUAUUGCUUUUCUCUCCGUCCUUUUACUUGCUAUUCUCUUCACAUUUAUACUUACUCGAGAUGUUCUUUUGAGAGAAUAUAUUGAAGGAAGGAUUGCGGAUGAUGACAGUAAUAUUAAUGAAAGUAAAUCGUUUGAUGGAAUUAUUUCGACAAAGUUGCCUGAAGUUGCGAAACUUGUAGGGAGAGUACAACAUGAAAGGGCGACUGAUAUAAACCGCUUUCGUGUUCCCGGCAAAUCAUUGGUCGCUCCAGCAACUUCUAACAACGAGACUUUAGAGGAGGAAGAUAAAGAGGAUGAGCAAGAGAGUAGUGUUAGUACGACCGCUGAGGAGCCUGGAGCCGAUGAAUUACGACUUUCUGGAGAGCUUUACCCAAUUUGGUAUAAUUUAACAAUGAAAAUAUUUGUUCCUGGCUUUGGUGCACAAAUUCCUGACGAAAACAAUUUAACUUUUAAUGGGGAUUUACUCAUGAAGUUCCGUGUUGAACAAAGCACACGUCGAAUAGAAUUAAAUGCUCUAAAGCUUUCUUUUGAUCGGUUUAAUCUUGAAAAGUAUCAGUUGAAUCGAGUGGAUGAGAGCAAUCAAAACAUGUCAAAAUCGGCCCCUAAAGUUGUUGAAGUCAAAGUUGAUGAAGCUAGAGAAAAGGUCUUUUUUGAGUUGGACGGGACAUUGGAGAAAGGCGAUGUGUACCUCUUUCGGAUUCCAUACACAGGACCAAUCGCCUCCAAACUCUCUGGCCUCUAUUUAACAACAUACACAACACUUGCUGGUGAACAUAAAUGCGCGGCAGUUACACAAAUGGAGCCUACUGAUGCGAGAAGGAUGGUGCCUUGUUUUGAUGAACCACAUUUUAAAGCUAUUUAUCGUCUCAAUAUUAUCCACCCUUUUGGCUCUAGAGCUGUUAGCAAUGCAAAAGAAAUUCGUGAUGGAGUGGCUACAGACAAUGAAGAAUGGAUUCAAACUGAUUUUGAUGAGACCCUUCCAAUGUCUUCGUAUUUGUUGGCUUUGGUAGUCUCCGACUUUGAUUAUGUUGAGGGAUAUACAAAGCGUGGAAUUCGAUUUCGUAUCUGGGCACGUCAAGAUGCUGUAAACUUUACUUCUUAUGCUUUACAAGCCGGAAUUCGAGUGUUGGAAUUUUAUGAGGAUUAUUAUGGAAUUGAGUUUCCCCUUCCAAAACAAGAUAUGAUGGCAUUUCCCGACUUCGCUGCUGGAGCAAUGGAAAAUUGGGGAUUGGUCACAUACCGCGAAAAAUAUCUUCUAUAUAGCCCAGAGUUAUACACUGCUCAACAAAAGAUGGCUGUUGCCUCAGUUGUCGCUCACGAAUUAGCUCAUCAAUGGUUUGGUAAUUUGGUUACUAUGCGUUGGUGGAGUGAUUUAUGGCUUAAUGAAGGUUUUGCUACCUUGAUGGAAUAUUUGGGCACAGAUGCAAUCAGCAACGGGGGCUUUAGAAUGCGUGAUUAUUUUAUUAUCGAAGCAUUAGACUCUGCUUUCGACCGCGAUUCUCGUGCAACAUCCCAUCCUCUAUUCUUUGAAAUUCGAAAGGCUGAGGAUGUUAGUGAAGCUUUCGAUUCAAUAACUUACAGCAAAGGUGCAAGCGUUUUGAGGAUGAUAAGAUCUGUGAUGGGUGAAGAAAGCUUUAAAAAUGGACUAAAUAUCUACCUAAACCGUUUCAAAUACCAUAACGCCGAACACUCUGACCUGUGGGAUGCAUUAACAGAAGCAGUUCCCCAACAUUUACUUGAUAGCGAAGGACAACCUUUUAAUGUCAAAAAUUUUGCAAAAUAUUGGACAGAACAAACUGGAUUCCCUGUUGUAAAGCGAAUUUCUCCAAACAAAGUUUUGUUAACUCAACAACGUUUUCGUUUAGAUCAUAUAGUCGGUGAUUAUAGUAUUGAUGAAAAAGGGGUAAAAAUUGACAAAAACAACAAUAAUACAUUUAAUAUUAAAAAUCAACAAAAUAAUCCAAACAAUUUAACAACAACAAACAUUAAUUUAAACAAAACAAGUUUAAUUGUUCAACAAAAACAAGUUGGAAAUGUGAAACUUGAAUCGUCAAAGUUAAUAGAAAAUUCUGGUGAGAAAAAUUUACAAGACGAUGAGAAGAAAAAUGAAGAGGAAAAGGAAUUUAAAUGGGAUAUUCCUAUUUGGUGGAGUAUUAAUGGAACAGAUCAACCAAUGCUUUGGUUAACGAACUCAACAGAAUUGGAAACGAGUGCUGGGGAUGUAAUUGUUUUAAAUAUUCGUUCUCAAGGAUUUUAUAGAGUGCAAUAUGCUCCUGAUGAAAUGGAACAAAUCCGACAACAAUUAUUUGAUAACCAUACGAAACUUUCAAUGGGUAGCCGUGUACGUAUAAUUGAUGAUGCUUUUACAUUAGCUGAGGGUGGUUAUUUGCCUUAUGAAGAUACUUUAAAUUUAACUCAAUAUUUGGCAAAAGAAGAGGAAUACCCACCUUGGGAAAUUGCUUUAACUGGUUUUAAUGUAAUACAAAGUUAUUUUGAUGAUGAACCAGAAACUGAGGAUUUGAGGGCUUAUAUUAAAUUAUUAAUUGGUGACAUUUUUGAACGUGAAUUAGAUAAACUUGCAGAUUGGGAACCUGGAGAUGGAGAAAAACAUUUCUUUAAUGAUUUACUUCGUCAACGAAUAAUUCAAAGAAUGUGUACUUUAAGAGAUUCGCGGUGUAUAAACGCCAUUCUUGAUAUUUAUCGGCGUCAAUUUGUGGAUUCGUGCACAGAUUUUAUUUCAACAGAAAAUAAUGGGAAUAAUUCAGGAUCACCACCUUCUUUACCACAUAAACCAGGAAGAAAAAUGGCUAGUCAAUGUUCCAAAAUCCCUGUACCUUUCCGAACUCUAGCAUAUUGUGAAGGUGUUCAUUAUGGAACGGAACAAGAUUGGAAUUUAAUUUUGGAAUUAUUUAGAAAUGAAAUUGUUCAAGUAGAGAAGGAACGUUUACUUGUUGCCUUGGCAUGUUCUAGAGAUACACAUACUUUAAAAAUGCUUCUUACAAUGGCCAGUGAUGUAAAUAGUACAAUUAUCCGUUUACAAGACAAACCUUCAGUAUUUACACAUGUUGGAAGUAGAAUUAUUGGAAAGAAAAUAAUUUUGGAUUUCUUUAUUGAUAGAUGGCCAAGAAUUUAUCAGGACUUUAAAGACCAACAAACUUUAUUACGUUCAAUUAUUUCUUCAUCAAUUGUAGGCAAAUCUCAAAGGGUUAUUGAUCAAGUAGAAAACUUUCUUCGUGAAAAUCAAAAAACUACAAAAAAUCUGGAUGUAUUUAAACAACGUUUGGAAGUUCUUCAAACCAAUACACGUUGGAUACAGAAAAAUUUUAACAAAUUAGCCCAAUGGUUUAGAGAGCAUAAUGGUCAAAAUGGGAAAACUUUGCUUUUAAACGAGGAGGAAAUGCAAGGGGGCCCAUUCCCUUCGCCUAUUAUGGCAAAAUUUAAAUAAAUUUAUUAUAUGUAUUUUUAAUUUUAAUUAUUAUUAGGGUUUUUAGGGGAAAGAAAAUUUUUAGGAGAAAGAAAAUUUUUAAGUCUGAAAGAUUUUUAAGUUUGAAAAUUAAUAUUGUAUUCCUGAGAAAUAAUGUUCCCUUCACUCUACCAUAGAGUGAAGGGAACAUUUUGUUCAUAAACUUUUAAAUUUUUCUGGUCUGAAAAUUUUUCUGGGUUGAUGUUUCUAUUCCUCAAUAUCAAAUAAUUAUUGUUAGUAAGGGAUGGAAAGGUUCCGUAACUGGAACCGGCUCCAGAGAAAUUUUGGAACUUUUCCAUUACUGAUUUUUGUAAAGGAUAUCCCUGUAUAUUUCCGAUUUUUUUAACUAAACAUUUCUGCAUUUGAUCAGUUUUUUGAGCAGAUCGAUCUCUACUGGAAAAUAUAUUUUUACUGUUUAAGAAAACAAUUUCAAACCCUAAUAGUAAUUUAUACCGUAUUUAUUCUAAUAUAAGCCCACUUUUAAUAUAGGCCCAUCUGAGAAAACUCAUUGAAAAAUAUAAGCCCAGGGCUCAUAUUAGAAUAAAUACGGUAUAUAUUUUUUGUUUUGUUGCAAUUUAUUUUGGUCAAAUAAUUUUUUUCUUGGUGUUUUUAUUAAAUAUUCCACACAUUUUAUCUCAUUCAAUUGUCGCGCAAUCUUUUUUUUCUUUUCUUUUAAAUUUUAGUUUUUU